ACACCACACCCACUCACACACCAUAAGCAAGUCCAUCGGCAGCCGACACGCCAGCCCUGUGAUCUCAACUGACUGUGACCUCAACUGUCGCUCGCUACAAACCGUCUUUCUGUCUGCCAGAAUACCAGAGUGCCAAAGCUGGACGAGGGUAAGAAUGGCGGAGCUAGACAGCCUGGAGUUUGGGAAGUCAGACUUUGUCCUGCUGGAUGAAGUGAACAUGGAGCAGUUCCUUGAUAAUCUCAAGUUAAGGUUUGAGAAGGACCGGAUCUACACCUACAUUGGAGAGGUUGUGGUGUCCAUGAACCCCUACAAACAGAUGGAUAUCUUCGGGAAGGAAGUGAUCGAGUCGUACCAGGGUCGCGAGCUGUACGAGCGCCCGCCACACCUCUACGCCGUCGCAGACGCAGCCUACAAGGCCAUGAAGAGGAGAGCCAAGGACACCUGUAUCGUGAUUUCCGGUGAGAGUGGUGCUGGGAAAACAGAGGCCAGUAAAUACAUCAUGCAGUACAUUGCAGCCAUCACCAAUCCCAGCCAGAGGGCAGAGGUGGAAAGCGUUAAGAAUGUCCUGCUGAAGUCCAACUGUGUGCUGGAGGCUUUUGGGAACGCCAAGACCAACCGGAACGAUAACUCCAGUCGAUUUGGGAAGUACAUGGACAUCAACUUCAACUUCAACGGAGACCCGACUGGAGGACACAUCAACAACUAUCUACUGGAGAAGUCUCGGGUUAUCAAGCAGCAAGAAGGGGAGAGGAAUUUUCACUCUUUCUACCAGCUGCUGCUGGGAGGAUCAGAGGAGAUGCUGAGGUCUCUGCACCUCAAGAAGGAUCCUGCAACGUACUGCUUCACCAAAGAGGGCACUGUUUCCAACAUAUCCAGCGAUGACAAGUCCAAUCACAAAGCUGUGCUGAAUGCAAUGAAGGUGAUCGGGUUUAGCUCAGAAGAGAUCAAUUCUGUCUACAAAAUCCUAGCCAUCAUCUUGCAUCUUGGUAACCUAGUGUUUGAGAGCGACGGGGACAGCGUGCUGGUGCACAGCGAGAACUCAGUGUGUCAGAUCGCAGAGCUGGCAUGCACACAUCCAGACAUGGUCAGGAAGACUCUGCUGUACCGCACCGUGGCGACAGGAGGGGGGGAUGUUAUCGACAAGGGACACAGCAUUCAUGAGGCAAGCUUCGGGAGAGAUGCCUUUGCCAAGGCGCUCUAUGAGCGUUUGUUCUGCUGGAUAGUGAGCCGCAUCAACGCUGUGAUCGAAGUGAAGGAUUACAACCCUGUGCUGCAUGGCAAGAACACCGUCAUCGGAGUGCUCGACAUCUACGGCUUUGAGAUCUUCGACAACAACAGUUUCGAACAGUUCUGCAUCAAUUACUGCAACGAGAAGCUGCAGCAGCUGUUCAUUGAGCUGAUCCUGAGGCAGGAGCAAGAGGAGUACCAGCGCGAGGGCAUUGAGUGGCAGCACAUUGAGUACUUCAAUAACCAGAUCAUCGUGGACCUGGUGGAGCAGCCUCACAAGGGAAUCAUCUCCAUCCUGGACGAGGCCUGUCUGAGUGUGGGGCAUGUCACAGACACACACUUCCUGGAGUCCAUGGACAAGAAGCUCAGCAAACACCCCCACUACACCAGCCGCAAGCUCUGCGCCACAGACAAGACCAUGGAGUUCCUGCGAGACUUCAGGAUCAAGCAUUACGCUGGCAACGUAACGUACAGUGUGGAGGGAUUCCUCGACAAGAACAAGGACCCUCUCUUCCAGGACUUCAAGCGCUUCAUGUAUAACAGCUUGGACCCGGUGCUGCAGGAGAUGUGGCCGGAGGGUAAGCUGAGCAUCACUGAGGUGACCAAGCGCCCGCUGACCGCUGCCGUGCUCUUCAAGAACUCCAUGAUCUCUUUAGUGGAGAACCUGGCCUGCAAGGAGCCCUACUAUGUACGCUGCAUCAAGCCCAACGAGGUGAAGUCUCCAGUUCAGUUUGAUGAGCAGCGCUGUCGGCACCAGGUGGAGUACCUGGGCCUGCUGGAGAAUGUGAGGGUGCGACGGGCCGGCUUUGCAUACAGACAGCCCUAUGCCAGGUUCCUGCAGCGAUACAAGAUGACUUGUGAAUACACCUGGCCCAAUCACCUGAUGGAGACGGACCGGGAGGCCGUGGAGGCCAUCAUCACGCAGCAUGGCUUCGAGAGCGACGUGGCAUACGGGCUGUCCAAGGUGUUUCUGCGCACACCCCAGACCCUCUUCACUCUGGAGAGUGAGAGAGCUGCCCUCAUUCCCAUCAUAGUCCUCUUCCUGCAGAAGGUGUGGCGUGGAGCCCUGGCCCGGAAGCGCUGCCGUGGGAUGCGGGCAGUCUACUGCAUCAUGAGCUGCUUCAAGCGGCACAAGGUAAAGGCUCACUUCAGAGAGGUGGAGAAGAGGUUUGCCAACGUGCGCAACAUGAGUGACUACGGCAAGAGCAUCGAGUGGCCCACUCCCCCGGCCGUGCUGCUGCAGUUCCACGAGAACACCAAGUACCUGUUCCGCAGGUGGCGAGCUCGUCAGAUCAUCAAGAACAUCCCCCCCUCCCACAUGCCGGAGGUGCGUGCCAAGGUGGCGGCCAUGGAAGUUCUGAGAGGGGAGCGGCUGGACUGGGGCUACAGCAGGACCUGGGAGCGAGACUACCUUUCCAGCGCAAAGGAGAACACACAGAUGUGCACCCAAUUUGCAAAGGUGGCGAAUGAGCUGAAAAGCAAAGACAAGUACAACACUGUGCUCUUCUCCUGCCUGAUCCGCAAGGUGAACCGCUUCAAUAAGAGUAAGGACCGGGCUCUGCUCCUCACAGACAGGCACAUGUACAAGCUGGAGCCGCGCAAGAACUUCAAACUGCUGAAGAGCCUGCCGCUGGAGUGUGUGAACGGUGUGAGCGUGACCUGCAGCCGGGACCAGCUGGUGGUGUUCCACACGGUGCAGAAGGAUGACAUGCUGACCUGUCUGCAGAGAGUGCGAGGCUGUGAGAACGAGGACCGUGUCGGGGAGCUGCUGGGUGUGCUCGCUGACCACUUCAAACGGUUAAAAACACCCCUGCAAGUUACAGUGCAACGCUCAGCUAUCCAGUUCCAUAUGCGCGGGCAGCAGAAGUGCGUUUCCGUGGAAACCAAGAUCGGCCAUAACCAACCAGACUUCCGCAAGAGCCGAGGCGGCUUCACCCUGUACCUGCCAGGAAACUAAGGGCAGGCGCGGCUGAACCUCAGUAUGAGCUCACUCCACAGGACUGACACACAAACCCGAGGAACACAUUAGGAACUGUGGGGGCUGCCUAUAGUGGAGUACUGUUCACUUUUUAUUUCUGUACACUGCAGUUAUACUUCCUUUAAAGCAUUAUAUAUGAUACACACACACACACACUGCGGUGCAAAAGUCUUAGACAUGUUGCAUUUUUCUACUCCAAUGCAUUAUGAGCAUCAACAAUUUACUCAACGCCUCCUCUAGUGUUUUCUUCUAUUAUAACAAUCUUGAUUUGCUUAAGGAAGGAAAAACAUUGAGUGAAAUGGCUCUCAUCACUUGAUUUUCAAGGUGUGGUAUCUGAAGCAUAAUCAACAAGUACAAAGAAACAUCAUCUGUAAUUGACAAACCCAGGCCUGGAAGACCCAAAAAGCUGUCUAACAAGUAUGAACAAUACUUGAAGAUAAUAUCCUUAAGGAAUAGAAAGAAGACAAGCGUUGAAUUUACAAUAGAAUUGGCAGAAGGCACAGAUGACGUUGUCCAUCAAAUCAACAGUACGAAGGUCACUCUUUAAAUCAGGACUUAAAGGAUGUGUUGCAGUAAGAAUACCUCUGGUAAAAAAGGGGAACAAGACUAAAAGGCUAAAACAUGCACAAUAACACAGAAAUUGGACUAUAGAACAAUGGUCAAAGGUGAUUUGGACUGUUGAUGGAUAGACAACGACACCUGUGCCUUCUGCCAGUUCUGUUAAUUCAACGCUUGUCUUCUUUCUAUUCCUUAAGGAUAUUAUCUUCAAGUAUUGCUCAUCCUUGUUAGACAGCAUUUUGGGUCUUCCAGUCCUGGGUUUGUCAAUUACAGAUGAUGUUUCUCUAUACUUGUUGAUUAUGCUUUGGAUACCAGGCCUUGAAAAUCGAGUGAUGCUAGCUAUUUCACUCAAUGUUUUUCCUUCUUUAUACAAGUCAAGGUUGUUAUAAUAGUAGAAAACACUAGUGGAGGCUUUGAGUAAAUUGUUGAUGCUCAUAAUGCAUCAGAGUAGAAAAAUGCAACAUGUCUAAAACUUUUGCACAGCAGUGUAUAAUAAGUGCAGUUCUAAAUUCAAAACGUAUUAUUCUAGGAAGGCAUAGCUGAUUAUAUAUAUAUAUAUAUAUAUAUAUAUAUAUAUAUAUAUAUAUAUAUAUAUAUAUAUAUAUAUAUAUAUAAAGUAGAUAAAGCUGAAUUUGAAGAUUAAUUAGUGUUAAAGGCCUAGAAAUGUAUGUGCAGUAUUCUUACAAAAGCAAACACAGUGUUGUGAAAGUGUAGUCAAACAAUUACUAUCACUGUACAAAGAACAGUGAGGUAAAGACCAGGCACAGUAGGGGAAAAGUGAAAUUAACUGUUCUUUUGAAUAUGAUUUUUGAAUAGCACACAGUGCCACUCUGGCCAGUGGUCAAGUACUGUAAUUGUAGAGUGCCCUUGAACAGAAACCUAUAACAUUCUUUGUGUCAUCUUUUUAUAUAGUUUUUAGAAAUGCAUAAUAAAGUACUGUAAAAAGCUAAAAUUAAAUUUAAAAUGGUUAUACCACAGGAAUAUCAAGGUCUACUGUAUGUUGUUAGAAUAUUAAAACAUAAUCAUGUGUUAGUGUGAUCUCAAAUCUUUUUGUAUAUAUUAAACCAAGCCUGCUGAAGUCCUGCUGAUAAUAAUUGUUCUAACAUGUCCAGGUAUUGAAUUGGUAUAUUGCUAUGCACACUUAAUGACCUCAUUGAAUUCUCUUCACUUACAUGUUUACAUUUAGUUCCAAGCCAUUGCUUUUUUAAAGUAUUGUGUGGUGUUCUAUGCAAUUUCCUUUAAAAAAAAGAACCACAAUUUCAAGUGGCUUACAGUCCAUAGGAAUCUGAUGCUGUGUUUUAUAAGUAAUAAAACUAAAUAGAUGCAAAUAAAUUCUAACUAUGAAAUAUUAUGCUCUCACACAUCUAAUGUGUGCAAUAUAAAACAAAUUGAAAGUAGAAAUGCAUAUUAUAUUUAUAAUAAAAACAUAGAAAAUGCG